UCCUUUGAAGGUAUUGGUUUAGGGUAAUUCAGGCUGUUAUGACGAAUGUGAAUGCGUGUGCUGCAAUGGUGGCACUUAAUGGUUUAAAUUUGAACUUCUGUUUUCUGACUGGUGUUGAAUCUGUCUCUGGGAAAACUUCGAGUGUCCCGUUAAUUCCUUCAGUUUCUGCACUUUAUGUUAAGCUGUUGUCAACUAAGCUUAUAUUAUACAAAACUGUUGUGAUAAUAAUUAUCAUGUGUGUAAACACAAGGCAAAUAUUUAACUACACCUAUAUAGGAAAACACUUUUUUCCAAGAGCUGCCUUAGGUGGGACUCGAAUCCAUGACACUCUGUUCUCUAGACUGUUCUCUAUCACUGAGCUACCAGGGCAACUCAGAAGAUUCAGCUGAAAAGUCUACAAACGCAAACACAAUGCAAGCACUGUGCAGUGCAAUAGUAACCUGUCACUUAACUACAGCCAUGUUGGAAAAUGAACCACCAGAUUUUGAGAUUGAUAUAAAAGCUGAAGGUUUUGCUGAAGAUAGCAGUCCGGUUACUGAGAGGGAAGGAAGUCUCACUAGAUCAUGUGGGUACAGGAAAGUGCUGAUCCAGCCAUCGAAGGAUAUUGGAUCUGGCUCAUAUGGAAGUGUGGUCAAGGCAAAGCUUGACAACCUCCCCUGUGCUGCUAAAAUUUUACACCACACCUUUUUCACUUCAAAUGACCCAAAUGUUGUGGAGUUUAUAUCCCGCUUUAAAGAAGAAUGCAGGAUGUUACGCAAGCUCAAGCAUCCAUGCAUUGUGCAGUUCCUUGGAGUCUUGGAAGACCCUCGACACCGCAGACCAAUUCUUCUUAUGGAACUAAUGGAGCAGAGCCUGACUCAGUUGCUUGAGAGCUUAAAAAAGCCGCUUGCUUAUCAUGUUCAGGUUGACAUAACCUAUGAUAUUUCUUUGGCCAUUGAUUAUCUCCACGCCAAUGGAAUUCAACACAGAGAUAUCUCUAGUAACAACAUUCUUUUGACUGCUGGUUCUCGGGCUAAGGUAACCGAUUUUGGCAUGUCUAAGAUGGUUGAAAUUAACCCUCGUAUGUCUCGAAACAAGCAAACUGCAUGUCCUGGUACUCUUGCCUACAUGCCUCCAGAGGUUUUGCAACCUGUACCAGUCUACUCAGACAAGAUAGAUGUAUUUUCCACUGGAGUACUAAUCAUUCAAAUUAUAACUCAGAGUUUUCCCACCCCAACUGACCCACACACUGUUGUUCAGGAUCCAAAGUACAAAGAACCAAUCCUUGUUCGUGUACCAGAACUUGAGCGGCGCAAAAGUAAUCUCCAUCGAGUAUACCUCACUCAUCCACUGCGACAGCUUGCUUUACAAUGUAUCCAAGAUAGUAAAAGGGAGAGGCCCACAGCAGGAAAUAUCUGCCAGCAGCUAGUUGAGUUGAUGUCUGCCCAAAAUUAUAUUGACAGUCAGUCCCAGUACCAUCAACAGAUAGAAUCUUUGCUUCCAACAAGAUCUGCAUUAGCAAUGCGGGAUCUAGAAAUAUGUAAGCUUGAAAGAGAGAUCAAAACUCUCAAUCAGCAAAGCGAGUUCUUGGGCGACACUUUUCUACAAGAGAAGGAUACGAGUACCUGA